AUGGGCUGUACCGCAAGCACCGUCGUUGAAAGCGCCCAGACGGCAGUCUUUCAGGAUGAAGAUGGAGUUACCACUCCUGAAGUGCACUUCAAGGAGCGGAGUCACAGCUUUCACUCCAUGGACGACCGGACGAAUCCCGCCACAGCUGCCCAUGCCAGUGCACCAAUCAAAUUCACUCACAAACACUGGGUGACUCGGUUCUCGUUAUUGGGUUGA